ACCUCAAGCAACAACCCCCACUCCACUCCGAUCCAGUAGCCUCGUGUCAUGAUUCGACGCGUCAAGUUGGCACUUGCGUGCUCAGCAUUCGCUAGUGCAGUCGUCGUCAACGCUGAACUAGAAGACGUUCCAAGUUUCUCUGUUCCGUCGUUCGACUACACUUCCUUGCAAACGGAGGAUACACCGAACCGCAUGCUCCAAGCUUUAGAGCGUGGAGGCAUCAUUGCACUCAAGAAUAUCCCCAACUACGGCAACGUCCGCGAACGGUUCUUAACCAGUGCAGUGCAAUGCGCCGUGGCGUCGGAAAACACCGACGAAGGUGUGCGUUAUUUGUCGACCAAGCAGUUCCACGAUGGCACUCGUCGCCUCACCUUGCGAGCUGCUGCUGGACGUGAACUCAUGGAGACAGACACGGAGACGCUCAGUGCGAUGGCAGCCAAUUGUCCAGGCCACCGCGAACUCUCCGAAGAGUUCAGCGGUAUUUUAGAGCGAGCAGUGGACACGUUCGCUUCAGUUCUCGAUCAGACCGGGUUCAAAAUGGGCGACGGUGAACGCCACAUCAGUGCACGGAAACUUAUUGGCGACGCUAAGCGUCUCGACCAUUUCCACGCCUACGAAGCUGCAGCUUCGCCACCAGCCUCUACGCGUCGGUCUCUUUCAGCUCAAGAAAUAGAGCAAGACUUGUCCUUAGCUAUGCAUGAAGACCACGGACUCUUUAUCGCUAUGUCUGCCCCAAAGUUCUUCUCGGUUCACAACGGGAAUACCCGUGAACGUCGUCUCAAGUCCGACGCCUCUGGUUUGGUCAUCGGAGCAGCCGAACUGGACGAGAUUGUACGUCCACACUUGAAGGACGAUGAACUGGUGAUCAUGAUGGGUACAGGAGCGUCCCGUUGGCUGGAAACCAGUCACCACCUCCCUGCUGUCAUGCACGGCAUGAGGAUGCCUAAAGAAAUGGUUUGGGACGACGACGCGACGCCAGGACAACGGAAUCUCCGCGCCUGGUUUGGGAAAAUGACCUUGUUGCCUUCGUAUCAACGUUUACUCGAGAGUAAAAUGGACUUUGACGAGUUCACUAACCGAACUACUCGCCACUUGCUGGCGAAUGGCGCCUCAAACGACGACCUCAAGGUGAUUGGCUGCGCUGGUGGACGUCAUUUAGUCGAGUCGGAAGGAAGCUGCACGUACUCGAUUUGCACCCUACGGCCUGGUGUGGAGAAACCUCCGACUGUGGGCUGUCACCAAGCCUGCAACUAUCACACCGAGUUCUUUGACGCCAAAUGCGAGAAGAAAUGUGACUGUUCUGGCACCACGACUCAAGCUGAUGUUGUCCCCUGGAAUACCAGGAAUGCUCCGGGCUCAAGAUGA